AUGACCUUGCACAAUCUGUCCGAAAACUGGUGGGUCGAACUAGGCUCCUCCAAUAGACAGGACCGAUUGAAGGAAGUGUUUUGCCAGCUGAUGCAAGAGGAGCUACAGACAGAUGCAUUACAUCACCUCUUAGAUACCGAUGUGACCACUUAUCUAUGGGAGCAUUUUUCGGAACAUUCAACUGAAUAUCACGUUGCGCUUCUUGUGCUACUAUCUAACCAUCUAUACUACUCUUUCAAUGAUCUUCAACUUUUAGAGUUGUUCGGUAAUGAUUCCCGAUUUGACUUGAUUGUUGAGUUUAUCACUUCGUACACAGCUAAACGACACGAUGGUAAAUAUUCUGAGUAUAUUCAAUCCCAGAUGAUUCAGUUUAUGAACUCUGUUUUUCAGAAUACUCAUUUUCCUGUUUUGAGAAAAGUGACUAAGAGGCUUACGUCAAUUGGAACUUGGCAUGUUCUUCCUAAUGUGAGCAGUUUGAUACCUGGCGACUUUCAAGAUCUCUAUAAGGAGGCUCCACCGGAGAGCUGGAUUUAUGAUUUGAUUCAGUUGGAUCAGAGCCCUAAUGUGCAAUCAUUGCUUUUAACGUUAAUUACACAGCUUCCUACUAGACGCUUCAUUGGUCCUCUGUUAAAGCACUUACGUUAUGUCUCUUACAUUGAAACAUUCUUUCCCCAAGUUUAUUCCGAUAAAGGUUUCCAGGUAUUAGUUUACUACUUGGAUUAUCCAAUUGAUGAUAUUACCGGACAGCCGAUAUUACAGGAGAACUUUCUGAAUAACAAGGUUUCCAUCUUCGAUAGAAUUCAUUUAGCAUUGUUUGAGCAAGACCAAUCGUUUUACCAAGGCCUAAAGAAGAACUUUUUGCAAAUAUGGAGCCAUUUGAGCGUGGAAAGAGUGGAGCAGGUAGCAAUAAGUUUAGAUAUUUCAACUCCCUUGGUGAAACUUUCCUUGUCAGAAAUUGAUUAUAGGAGAUUCGUCUACAACGAGAUCAGGCACUUACAGCAAGUAACAGAGUGUCCACUAGCCAUUGACGAGAAGACUAUAUUUUACGAAUAUAAGAUUUUGCCCCGAAUUGGUAAUCAGUAUAUGGAUUCAGCUGACUUCUGUUUUAGACAUAGUUUACUUUAUCAUGCAGAAAUGUGUGUUUUGAUCUUCGAAGAGUUGAAAAAAUCACUUGACAGAAUCUCUGUUGAAUCAGCAGAUCCGUUAAGAUUUAGUGGAUCUAGUAGGAAACUCUGCCCUGUAGAGGAACUAGUACUACAGGAUGUAAAGGUGUGGGACUCUGAUGUUCCAAUACGUCAAACUGCCUUUACUGCAGAUAUUAUCGUCGAUACUCAUCAAGAAAAAAAUAGUUGGUCCCAGUUGAAACCAGGAGAUUCUCUAGUUCUUCUGCAUAUAAUUGAACCCAACCAACUGGACCAUAAUAUCCAACCACAACUCGGGAUUAAGCAACUAUGCUUGGGACAGAUCCACCGGCUUCAGGCAACAAAGAAAGGAAAGUCUUUAACUAUCUCUUUGAAACUUGAUUUCCAUAUUCAAUCUGCAAAUUUAGCGUUCAUACCUGAAAAGUUGAAUAGCUCAAAUGCUAGGACACUUUUCGAACGUAGUCAAAUGAAACUAGAGGUUCCCGAAUGGUAUUCUAGCAUUUUUCAUCACGUCGAUGUCUCAAGCUUUCCACUUCAAACUAAAGACAAUAUCCAGCUGACAAAUGUCCAAUGGGCAGAGCUUUCCAAUUCUGGAUUUAAUACAAAGUCUGCUGAUUCUAAAAGAAGGAAAGGAAUAAAAUCCUUAUCGGCACCUUUCAUAAUCUCAUUUGAAGAAGAUAUUGAAAUAGUGGUCAAAUCAAGUCCAUUGUUAACUUCUAAGGUUAAAGAAAAUUUGACCAAAGAACAGACCAGGGUCGUUCUCUCUACAUUGAAGAGCCGACUGACCAUUGUGGAUGGAGUUCCAGGCUCAGGAAAAUCUUUGGUUUCUGCUGUUAUUGCAAAUCAUUUUUAUAAAAAUUUUGGAGAAUCAAGUUUGAUAUUGACAAGCUCAACCAGGUUUGUGGAAGAGUUACUGGACUGCCCCGGAUUCCGAAUAUUUAUACACGAGAAGACAUACGAUUUUGAGAAGGAUCUGUCGGUUUUGUUAGAUGGAAUUCAACAAAUAGCCAAACAAGUGGACAUGAAUCAUUUAUAUGGCAACGAUGUAACUUCAUCGAUAUUGUUUUUUAAGGAGUACAUACAGCCAGAGUGGGAAAAGCUCAAAGGCAGCCCUUCAACGGAGAGAAAUAUUUCACUUCACAAGAUUUUUGGAAGUGAUACCCUUGAAGGGAUGACAGAGGGCUACAGAAAGAUUCUUCAAAUGAUUGAAGGUAUUACAUUCCUGAGGGAUAUAUUGUUCUUCCCACCGCAUCAAAGAAUAACGCUAUUAAAGAAAAAGGCUGCUUUUUGCGUUUUGAGUUUAGAUCAACUGGUUAAAGAAGAUAAUCUCCACUUCAAUAACUUAAUAAUUGAUGAUGCCGAACAAGUCCCAGAAUUUGUUUCCGCCUUGCCUCUCAAAAACGUAAACCGGAUGGCUUUAUUAGGUGACAGCACCAAGUAUUCCAAAUUCGAUGAAGAAAAUAAGUUGUCACGAUUUGGUCACAACUGUUCUUUGUUUCAUAAGUUGACUGCUACAAGUCCACCACUAAAACUCUCCUCCAAUCUAAGGCAGCCAGAAGAAAUAUUCAAUUUGUAUUCGACCGACCCAAAACACAUUCAAAAGAACGACCAGGUUCAAGUAAUUAAAGUAGCCGGAAUGCCUAUACAAAUUGAAAACGGUAAUAAUCAAAAUAUCGAAGAAGCUGAGUACUGCGUCUAUCUUUAUAUGCUACUAAACCUGACCUACUCCAACAGAAAAACAGUCAUAUACACUCCAUUCUCGGCCCAAAAAGUGCUUUUGGAAGAGAUAAUUCGACAUAGGUGUCCUCAAAAUGGUUUAAAUGUGAGGUUAUUUUCCAGUGUAGAGCAGUGCGAUUACUCUAUUAUGUCAUACGUGAAUACUUCCACCUGGAAUGUGAGAUUUAAAUUGCAUGUCAAUGUUCUUUCACGACCAAAACUUCAAGUAUUCAUAUUCAUUCACCCAAAGUUGCUUUCCCGCAUUGAGGCACCAUUCCCUCUUUUACGAAAGCAAUCUCCGCAAUUGAACGUACAGGGGACGACGAUUAAGUCCAAGUCGGAGCUCAUCACACUACUCAAAACUAAAAUGGCACACCACCCUUAG